AUGUCUUCGACUUCUUCAUCCUACCAGACCCAAACAUUCCAACAUGGCCCUCCCUACGCACCAACCACAGCAGCAGUCGGAGGCCACCCAACGAUCACCACCGACAUCCCAGCCCUCUCAAUCUUCCUCAUCCUCUACAUUCUCGGCGCCGUCUCUAACAUGACAAUCUUCCAACUAAACAGACGCCGCGGCCACAAAUUCCUCGCUUCCUGGGCAAUGUUUGGAUUCUGCAUGGCGCGUAUUGUAAGCAUGAUUUUACGCAUCGCAUGGACGACUAGGAUACAUAAUGCACGUCUCGCAAUCGCUGCUUCUAUAUUCUUGAAUUUGGGUGUUAUGGUUGUUUAUGCUGUUGUGUUGGUUUUGGCGAGUAGGGUGUUGAGGGCUGAGCAACCGGGGUUGGGGUGGAAUGUGGUGGUGAGGAAGGGGGUCAAGGUGUCUUAUGUUGGUAUUGUUGUGUGUGUGGUGUUGCUGCUUAGCUUCAUCAUCGCAUCGGUCGAGACCCUCAACCAAGACGUCAGAACAGCGGCACUUUGGGUGCAGAGAGGUGCAAACCUCUACCUCUUACUCCUCAACUGCAUCGCACCCAUUUUCCUCCUCCUCAGCUGCAUCCUCCCCUCCUCCCCGGACGCGGAAAACUUUGGCUCUGGGAGCAUGAAGACCAAGAAACUCAUACUAGCCACAGCAACUUUCUUUUGCCUCUUCAUCUCAGGCUUCCGCUGUGGAACCAUCUGGGCUGCACCUCGACCUGCUUCUUCACCAGCAUGGUACGACCAUCGCGCUUGCUUCUACAUCAUCCUCCUCGGUUUCGAAAUCUGCAUCAUCUAUCUCUUCAUCUUUACCCGCUUCGAUCAGAAGUUCUGGGUGCCAAAUGGCAGUAAUGGUGCAGGAGAUUAUUCGAGAAAGGUCGACGAUGAAUCAUCAUCUGGAGAUGACGACGAGAAGAAGGCUGCUGUUGACGCGGAUGUACAGUCUGUGUGA